GUAUGUAAUAACGAAUUUAAAAACCUUUAAUAAUGAUUUUUAAAAAACCAAACCGUGAUUCCAUAGUGAAACAAACAAUAGAAAAAAUGAAGGCAUGGUAAGAAUGGCAGCUAAUAAACGUGGGAGCAUGACAGUUACAGAAUCAUCGGGUACGUGAUCAGUAAUGUAAUCACAGAUUCAGUGAAGGAUUGUGUGAGUUUGCUGGGAACGGGACGUUCACAUGGCCUCAAAGUAGCAUCCCUCAGAUUACUUACCAAAUACCAAGAGGAAAAUGUACAGUUACAAUGGAGCCAUGCAGUCACUGUCUUUACCGAGUGAUCAAAUUUAGCAUUACUGACAGCAGGAGAAUCUAAGAUAUGUGUCCUCUAUGAGGUGUGAUAAAGAGGUACCACACGUCUUGCAAAAAAUGCUUACACUGAAUCUAGUCGUAAGGGGAAGAUCUAACAAGUCCAGAAGGAGGAACAUUCUACCAGACAACUGGCGGGGAGUCGGGACAAAAUUCAAUGACAAGUUACAGAGGAGAGUGGAGGAGACUGUUCUGCAUUAAAAGAGCCGAUUAUAGCUCAUGGGUUGAAAAAAAUAAUAAAAACGGCUAUCAAAGGAAUUUCGGGGGCAGCUCGGGAAAUUUGAAUACGAAUUAUGUUAGAUGAUACUAUGAAAUCAUUAAUUUUAUAGGUUUGAUCAUAUAUUAUGCUUAUGUCGGGCUAUGUCCUUAUUCUUGGGAGAUGCAUACAGACGUCUGUGGGGGUGAAGUAUCCGCAACUUUCAAAUAAUUCGUCAAAAAUCAGUGUGCGGGGCUGUGUGUAUGGAGACGGUGGGAGAGAGGCCAAAUGUUAAGCAGUUAAUGAACUGGAGGACGGCUAUGCGAAUGCUCAUUGUACUACUCUUUAAACUUUUCUGUAGAUAUAAGCGUUUUUUUUUUUUUUAAAUUGGGGCGGGGAACGCCGUUUAGGGAAGGCCAAGGGCAAAGGCAUCCACGAGCCUUACGUAGGUAGCGACGUCGGGAAGGGACGGAAGAGACUUCUCAGAACAGCUUCCGCCCUUCCCGGGGCCCUUUCCUGUUGGCGGAUCCAGUCACGUGGCUACGUGGCCCCGCCCACAGCUCCCAGAGGCCCGCGCGCGCCGCCGGCAGUUGGGCCGCUCCUUCCGGGCCGGCAGGCGGGUAAGUGGUCGUGCCGCGGCCAUGGAUGGCGAUCCUCCCCCGGUGGAGGAGCGGCGGCGGCUGCGGGAGGAGCUGAGCGAGUUCGUGGAGAGCUGCUGCCGGACGCUGGAGGAGGUGACGGCGUCGCUGGGCUGGAGCCUGGACCGGCUGGACCCCGGGGAGGAGGAGGCGGCCGAGGAUGAAGUUGCCAUAUGCCCUUAUGAUUCCAAUCAUCGCAUGCCUAAGUCGUCUCUAGCAAAGCACAUGGUAUCUUGUAGAUUGAGGAAACUGGGCUAUACCAAAGAAGAAGAGGGUAAAAUGUAUAAUUCUGACUUUUUCUAUGAGAAUGCGAAGAUACCUUCAGUUACCUUGAAUAAGGACUCACAAUUCCAGAUAAUUAAACAAGCUAGAGAUGCAGUUGGAAACGAUGGUGAUUAUUAUAAUCAAAGGAUGUAUUCUUCAUUGCCUGUUGAAGUUCCUCUGAAUCACAAACGGUUUGUUUGUGAUCUAACCCAAGCCGAUCGUCUUGCCCUCUAUGAUUUUGUAAUUGAGGAGACAAAGAAAAAACGGUCAGAUUCUCAAAUUAUUGAAAAUGACAGCGAUCUCUUUGUAGACUUGGCUGCCAAAGUCAAUCAAGAUAAUAGUCGGAAAAGUCCAAAAUCUUACCUUGAAAUCCUGGCAGAAGUGAGAGAUUAUAAAAGAAGACGCCAGUCCUAUAGAGCUAAGAAUGUUCACAUAACCAAGAAGUCAUAUACUGAGGUGAUUCGGGAUGUGAUCAACGUGCACAUGGAGGAACUCGGCAGCCAGUGGCAGGAGGAGCAGGAGAAUGCAGAGGAUGAUGCGGAGAAGAAUGAAGAAAGGCGGUCGGCUUCAGUAGACUCACGGCAGUCUGGGGGAAGCUAUCUGGAUGCGGAGUGUUCACGACAUAGAAGGGAUCGGAGUAGGAGCCCGCAUAAACGCAAAAGAAACAAAGAGAAGGACAAACACUGGGACUCAAGAAGAAGGAAAGAGAGGGAUGGGGAAAGACAUCAUAGUCAUAAAAGAAGAAAGCAAAAAAUAUAAACGAAGUAUUUGUGCGUGUAUUAAUUAUGCUUAUGCCAUGGUAACCAGUAUGCUGAUGUUUUUAUCAUAAUUGCUUUGAGUAGGAGAAUGUGCUUACAUGAACUGUUCAGUGCUCAGAUCAUUAUUUUUCAACCAAUACUUACAUCUCAAACCAUGAGUACAUUGAUUAUGCCCUAGAAAUUUGUUUUCCUUAUAUUUUAAUGGAUGAUUGCCUCCUAUUACUGAUUUUGUUUCAUUCUUUUUUUGAUAAUUUAUGUAUCAGAAAAUUCUUUAAUUAAAGUGAAUAUUUAAACUAUAUAACUAAUACAUAAAUGCAUUCUUACUGUAAAAAAUUAAACCUUGGGCUUCCCUGGUGGCGCAGUGGUUGAGAAGUCCGCCUGCCGAUGCAGGGGACACGGGUUCGUGCCCUGGUCCGGGAAGAUCCCACAUGCCGCGGAGCGGCUGGGCCCGUGAGCCAUGGCCGCUGAGCCUGCGCGUCCGGAGCCUGUGCUCUGCAAUGGGAGAGGCCACAACAGUGAGAGGCCCGCGAACCGCAAAAAAAAAAAAAAGAAAAAGAAAAACCUUACAGACAAGGCUAAAGAAUGCUUGGAGCACCACCUAUGAUCCCUGUGGCCACCCCAGGGGGUAACCACAGGUGAACUGUAAAAGGGAAAAACAACCCAAAUAUUCAUGAAAAGGGGAAAGGCCUGGCUAAAUAAAAUGUGGUGUAGUCACAUGAUAGAUUACUAUAUUGGACUUAAAGAAAUAAACUGUAUUAUCAUGAAUAGAUCUCAGAGACAUGCUAAAUGAAAAUAAACAAGUUUCAGAAACAUAUGUACAAGUUAUAUCUAUGUACAAAACAAUACUGUACAUCUUCUCUGGCUGUAUAUGUAUGUAAAUAUAUUUCUAAAGGUUCAGAAGAACUCAUCCCAAACUCCCAACAGUGAUUAUUUGAGGGAGGAGGUAUAAAUGGGAGAGAGAAAGGGUGGAAACCAGGAUUGGGAGGGUGGUCAAAGGGAACUUUAGCUUUAUUCAUUAUGCAUUAAUUUUUAAAAAAUAAGGUAGUAUAUGUGUUUCACUUGUUAAUUAAAAAUAUACUGUCGUUUUGUUUUUUGUAAAUAAAGUUGAUUGAGGUACUGUUUACAUACAGUAAAAUACA